CUGGAUCCAACGGUCCUGUGCAGGAAGCGGAAAGCUGUAGCAGCAAUCCAGUUCCGGGCCAGUACUGCCGUUGCGCGCGAUUGGUCUUUACAGAAGUAGAGUUCAACAACCCUCAUUGCCGACCGCUGUGGAUACAUCGAUUAGAGUGAGACAAGACUUUUUCCAGUACACAGUGAACCUGCUGCUCGUGCCUUCCUAAGAGAGUAUUGCCGGACUUGGCCACUCUGCCCGACGGUGGCGUCACAGAGCAGAGAUGCUAGAGUACGCCGUCUUGAACCCGCAAGUGUUAGAGUUCGACUAUGUGGCCAGAUGGUACCGUGGACGCCAGGGACAAUGUGUCAGAGCAUGCUGCUACGGGCCACUGCACGGUUUCAAGUGGUACUAACGGACCCGGGCCGCUCAUGCCCGCCAUAAACUAUUGUGACAUAUGCAGGUCAUCCGCAAUCGAUGCUAAACCCUGGCCUAACAGCGCCAAAUCUUGGGUCAUUGCUCCUAAGGAGCAGAUUGCCGACAACCAGUCAGAUGGAUCUGGGAUUCGGCAGAUACACAAUGGAGUAUGCCAGCUUCUCCUACACUACUGUACACUUGUCGAAGCCAUUGGGUCGGCCCUCCGCGCCGUCAGGCGCAGUCGAUAAAGGCGACGGCUCAACCAAGAUGGUGGGUAAUGAUAGUAACGCAGUCACGUAUGUUAGCACAACGGUAAGGAGUAAUCGCCUUGGAGAUUCAGAGACUCUUAUACAUAUGAAUACGUACAGUAAACGGUAGGACCUUGAACGAGGGAUGCAGAUAGUGUCUCUGCUCUCCAUGAUGUCGGACGGACCCUGCUAACAUCUGCGGGGUUAGACGGUCCUUACAGGGGCGGGAAUCGCGCAAGACAUGAACGCAAUCGUCUCCACAUUCAUUUGCGAAGCCGUUCAUCGCGAGACGCCAUGUAUGAUGAUCUCCAGCCGCAGCCUCCGCAACACCGGAGCUAAAGCACAUGCAUGGCUUUGGAUCUCUCAGGGAAAUCUCGGCGUCGCGGAAUAGCCCUAGUCGCACUGUCUCACUGCAAAGUCUCACUGCAAAGUCUCACUUCGUAGC